CAGAAAGUUAGGGCCCCGUUUAUUCGACAAAAGGGUAUAGUAUCAUUAAAAUAGGGAUAAAACAGGGAUAGGAAGGUCACCUUGUUCCUUCUAACAAUAUAUUUUCAUUAAACCCUUAAUCGUCAGGGAAGCUCCAACCUCCAAGCAAGCUAGCCUCCAUCUUCCGUCAUGUAACUCUAAUUGAUAAGGCGGCACUCUAUUCUAUUCUAUCGGGAAUAACUACCUUAAUACCUAAGUUAUCACAAUUUUUUAACAUCGACCACGACUAUACCGAUCUUCGAGUUCCUUUCGACCAGCUCUCCUCUCUCCGCACCCCCAACUCGAUCUAUACUAGUCCUGCCGUGUCUCCAACCAAACCAUAGGGCAGAUUGAAGCACCCAUAAUACACAAUGUCUGGAGCCGGAGAUCGAGAGCCCGUCUUCCCGACGAGACAGUCGUUGGGUAUCAUGAAGGCGAAGCUCAAGGGAGCUGAAACGGGUCACAGUUUACUAAAGAGGAAGAGCGAAGCUCUCACCAAACGUUUCCGAGAAAUCACACGACGAAUCGACGAAGCGAAGCGCAAAAUGGGACGAGUUAUGCAAAUCGCCGCAUUCUCCCUAGCGGAGGUUACAUAUGCCGUAGGAGGAGAUAUCGGCUACCAAGUACAAGAAUCCGCUCGAUCGGCACGGUUCCGAUUACGUACCAAGCAAGACAACGUCUCUGGUGUUCUCCUACCCUCAUUCGAAAGCUACUUAACAGAAGGGAACAACGACUUUGGCCUAACAGGUUUAGGCAAAGGUGGACAGCAGGUCCAGAGGUGUAGAGAGACGUAUGCUCGGGCAGUGGAAACGCUGGUCGAACUUGCUAGUCUGCAGACCGCUUUUGUGAUUCUGGAUGAAGUGAUUAAAGUUGUGAAUCGAAGGGUAAACGCUAUCGAACACGUUAUUAUUCCACGAACUGAAAACACUAUUAAAUACAUCAACUCCGAACUCGACGAGCUGGACCGAGAAGAGUUUUACAGGUUGAAGAAGGUCGCUGGCAAGAAACAACGAGAUACUGCUGCCGCGGAUGCUGAAAUGAAGGCGAAGAAGGAGGCUCAAGAAAAGGAAGGUCAUGAGAGUGUCCAACCGGAUGAUACACCGGCCGAUAUACUAGCUACCGGCGAGGAUGACGAUGUUAUUUUCUAGAGUGAAGCCGGAGACGAUAGAGAGUUGAGACGAGCAAAGGCUUGGGCUGCAUUGUUCAUUGGGUCGUCAUUGUGUAUAUGUAUUCCUCAUGAUACCGACAGGUUACAAUGACCUUGGAUUCCUGUUCACUACAAUUAUAGGCUGGGCACUGAAGUAAACAAACGGGAAUAUAAGUACAAAAUAUUACGCAAAUU